AUGAAAAUCGCAACUCUCCUCGCCGUCUUCACCGCUUCAGUCGCGGUUUCUGCUGCUCCCGCCUUCGGCGUGACAGAUGCCUCCGUCGAGGUCGCCAGAGAUCAGGUCAUCAGCGCCCGCGAUAAAUACCUUUGGUGCGGCGACUGCAGUGGUGGAAAGCAGUUCUCGGAGGAGUCGAGUACGGAACGAGCUGAGCAGAAGAAGCAAGUUCUGGGCUCCUUCAAUUAUUACAACGGGCUUGGUACUCCUGCGCUCGACGAUCUUACCAUCAUCGAGGGAACAUCGCCAGACAACAAAACCUACCAUGUGCCAGUCACCGACUUGCGCUCCCUCCCAGCUCCUCUGUCAUCAUACACACACGACAAGCAUGGUUUCCAGAUCGUUCGCCAGCCUUUGCCAAUCUCGCCAGCGCCAGGCUCAGUUCACGACCACAAAGUCAUGACCAACGAGUACUACCCCGUCAUGACCGACUUGCUGAAGAAAACACUCGGCGCCCGCUGCGUUACCGUUCGCAAACACUCCCUUCGAGACAUCCCAAAUUGGGAGAUCAUAGGGAUGAACCCAGAAGUCGGCUUCGAGAUCGAAUCCUUGGCCCCGUUCAACAUCGCCCACUCGGAUUACACGCCUGCUGGAGCACGCGGCCAUUUCCGCGCGAUGAAGGAGUCUGACUGGUUCUCCGAGAACGAUACGGCAGACGGCUGCACCACGCCCGGGGAGCGAGAAGAGUUCCUUCGACUCCGGAGAGAAAUCAUCGAGGCCGAGGAUCGCGCGAUUGCGGAAGCUGGAAUCGACCCGGAAGGAUUGGGGGACGAUAAAAGACCGACGGGGGGUCAUUGGGCUUGGGACGGCUCCAAUUACGACGGCCCUCGAUACGGAUUCUUCAGUAUUUGGCGCGCUUGGGAGACGGUCCGUCGAGAUCCGUUGGCUGUCAUGGACAUGAGCCAGCGUGCCUCGGAAGACAUCGACUACGCACCGUUGACGCGGACGUAUCGGAAUCGUCCGGGAUGCGUGCCAUUUUAUUACAGCCAGAACGCAAUGAUUCUUCCUUCGAACGUGCGAAGAAGAGACUCGGGGUUCGAUGAUGGCGACGGAGAUCGUGAGCACGCGUGGUGCUACUUGAGUGAGCAGACACCGGAGGAGGUGUACUUGAUCAAGUUCUUCGACAGUGAGGCUUUGCCCUCGAUCAACAACGCCUAUCUAAAAAGAGAAAAGCCCACCGCCAACAUGACGAGCAAGCAGACGAGCAAGCACGAAAAACGGAAGCAGCGACAGCAAGAAACCCUGAAGCUGCAAGAGCAGCUGCGAGCCCUCCUCGGUGGCGACACCACACCUGACGGCACCAGAAUCGAGGGAAUCGAGAUGCAACUCAGUGCGAACUUGCUGAAGAUAUUUGAGCUCUGUCCCGAUGUUUCUCCCGUAUCUCUCUGGGAAGAAGGCGGUCCUCUUCACAAGAUCGCCUACAGCCGAAAUGCCGUCAAAUCUGUCGUGGCGAGGCUCAAGCAAAAGACAACCGAGAGCGGACUGACAUACUCGCCGAUUUCAUCCCCCGCGGAGACCACGUGCGACACCGAUAUGGCUACUAGUGAGAAGGCCGCGGAGGAUACGAUCAGUGUCGCCUCGCGGCAAGAAGAUGACUCUAUGGACACGGAGGAACAAGUCAGGAUCGGUCUUGCCGCCGCCAGUCUCUCGGCUCCUGACGCUGGUGAGGCUGACACCGAAGAGACGUCCCAGUACUACACCGCUCGCAGAGAGGAUCUCUCUUGCCUUGAGUCAGGCACCCGGCUCACUGGCAAGGUCAUCUUCGAUGCCCUUCAGCUUUCCGUCAAGCUCAACCCACUCCGAUACAUCAUCCUCGAUCCUGUCGCGUCCGCAAGCAUUCUCGAAACCCCCUUUGACUACCCAAAUCAUCGCCAUCAGCAAUGGGUUCUUGUCAAGUUCGACCGUCUAAGAAACAUCAUCACCGUAUUCGACUUGUCGUCGAUAUCACCUACCGUAUCUCCAGAAGUCGAAGCCCACGUGCGCUUGCUUGCCACAUACCUCGUUAUGACCGAUUUGGUCCCGACCGUCCGCAGCGGAGCUUGCCCACAACAGAUCAGCAUUGAUGACUGUGGCGUCGCCGUCAUCGUGAAUGGCAUGCGAGCUAUCUCUACUUGCCCGACUGUGGUCCUCCAGGGUUCCCGGCGCUGUGACAUGAAAGACUACACCCUGUAG